AUGGGAUCUUUCGACAUAUAUUGUGCAUUGUGCUGCGGCACCUUAUACGAAGUUGAGAUUGGAGGCAAGUCAAAAGAACAGCGCCAAGUGCGCCAGCGAUUAAUCGCAAGGAAAAUUCAGGAGCUCCAGGCUCAGAGUGAACGCAGCGGCCUGGCUAUGGUUGGUGAACAAUUGGGAAAUGAAAAGGCGGCACAAUAUACACAAAGUGAGAAUGUGCUGGUAUCUGAGGAGGAAGAUAAAGACUCUUGGGAAAUCCAAAGGGAAAUGGACGGCAACAGUGGCUACGAUCCAGACAUCGUUAGCGAAGAGAGUACUAAAUGGCUUCGGGUGGUACAUGUGCUCGGGUACAAUCCUACAGCGAUGGGACCUAGCAAGACCUAUAUUUCGGGCGAGGGGACGUAUUCUGAUUUUGACGCUGUUGAAUUUUCGCGAGGCGAUGAUCCAAAUGUUCCUCAAAACCUCAAUUCGCUGGACACAGAUUGUGUCUCCUGCUAUGGAUUCAGCGAUCUUUCAGCUUUUCCGUUUCAUUGGUGCUGCUUCGAAAUUCUCGUCCGGGUUCUUACAGGCUCUACGGAUAUAGGUCAAAUUGAUAAGGAUCUUCUUUACCACGUUAUGCUUGGGCUUUCUCCACAAUACUCACGAUAUCUGGAAAUCGAUUACGGAAACCUUACUGGUGUAGAGCAAUUUUGGGAUUGUGUUCCUGGAGAAGAGUAUUCUGUCACCCAUCCGGCAACCCCUGGUUUCGAAGAGACCCUUCGGAAAGCGACUCGCCAUCCCGCAUUGUGGAAACAGCUUAUGUACUGGGGAAUGCCUUGGUUCUGGGAGCUACAUAAGCUUGUUGAGGAAGAUAAUGUCACUGAUCUAGACUAUAAGAACCUCUACCUUUGGCUGAACAAGGCGACUAUGCCGGUAUAUGGUAUGCGUGGGCCGUUCUUGGGUAUCGCCAACCGGAGACGCAUCUGGUGUGCUUGCGCGCAGCUUGCAGAAAAAUAUUUCUUGUCUUUUCACCAACGGGAGAGCACAACUGAUGAAGACUUCAAUUCGGUACUGCAACAAAACCAGAUAGUGCAGUUACCAAUGGUGAAAUAUCCACAGUCAGACAUGGAGGUUAGAACUAUUAGCAAACAGUGGUUACAUACUCUGGAGGAAUUCAACGGUCGGUCCGCCUUGUUGGAGACCUUCUGGAGUAGUGACGAUUACCUGAUGGGUUUGACUGUUAGUUUUAGGACAAGCCGUCGGCCUUUUGGACGUGACGCAGCAACUGGGGGGGCUCAUCAGCAUGUUUUAUCCAUUGAAAGUUCUGAUUGGAUAUCAGGGCUUGUCCUAUACAUGCCUGUGAUGGAUCUUCUAGAUGCCCAUGCCUAUACAGCUGUCAAAGGUAUCGAGGUCAAUUUUGUGUCCGGGAAACAUGUUUCCAUAGGCUCUUGUGCAGGAAAUCAUAGGCCGUUCAUGGUCUCCGAGGAUCACUACCUUGUUGGCCUAGUUGGGCAAGCUGAAGAAGUAAACGCCCCUUGUCAAAGUAACAAAUUUUAUAUUCACGAUGCAAGGAUUGUUCCAGAAUCCGAACGCCCUUUCGGCCAGCGGCUCCUUUGGAGUUCAGCCGCAUCCCCAUUUGAACCGCGAGGUGAUCAACGACGAUUUAUUUGGAGUCACCCUGAUAUUCAAGUUUUGUCUCCCAGCUCAAUCGGAGAUAUGGGCCAUGGUGGUGUACCUACUGACCUGGUUCCGCACCAAUUCCUCAUGUGGGCAUUGCAUGGCGACGAGCUUCGAAAAUUAACUCGGAUAUCUGCCUACGUAAAAAAGGAUAUAACAAGCUCCGGGCCUAUGGAGUGCUUGCUAGGCUUAAGGACCGAAUACAUUCGGCGUUACUGGGAACCGAAACGAUAUAUGGGAGAGUUUCCCAACGAUGAUGAUGAAGAUGGGGCCCAAGAGGCUCCCGAUGGAGAGAUUCGCCAUUUUGACAUCGACGGCCCCAAUUCUGAGUACGUAAUCGGCAUUGAGAUUGCUACGGAGGGCUUCCUGAAAGCGAUCAGAGAAAAAGAUAUGCCAAGAAGCGCCGUGAUUUAUUCCCCCACCAAAUUCAGGGGUAUCAAACCUUAA